CUCCAUCACUUCAGCUAGUGCAUCAUGAGCCUCUCAUAGUGCACAUCGCUGGGGCGAAUGGACGACAAAGCGGCAUUUCCAUUUGGAACCUUGGUAGGCAAUGAGGAGAAGCUCGCAGCCCGUCUUCGUGGGCGUCCUAGCUCAGCGCCUCCAAGGCCUUCUGUGCGGUGGAAAGGGACUCCACGAGUGCCUCAAACCUUCGACUCAUUGCUGCGCACGGGCGAAAGCACACGACUGUUAGGCCCGAAGCACAACAAUUUCCUUGAAAAGGUACAGCGUGUUGUGGAACAGGAGGAGCAGAAGCGAAAAGAGGACGCUCAGCGAGCUUCCGAUGGCGUAGCCAAGCGAAAGAUCAAUGAGGAGCGGUACCUUCGGCCAAACUUCCGCAACCGAACCCAGGCCAAGCCCAAGGUGUUCUCUGAGGUGCCACUACUGGCCACUUCAGAGUCAGCAGUCAAUUGGUACAUGAAGCACAGUCGCCUUCCUCCCAGUUGAGCUGCCUCUUGCGCAUGCGAACACCGAAUACCGGUGCGAGGGUCCUUGGUUUGGAUGCGGAAGCCGCAGUUAAAAUGUCCACUGGCAGAGUUGUUUUGAUUUGGUUCGUAGGUUGGUG